CAGUAAAUACUAACUGCGGGCUUACUGUUAGAUCAACUCUCGGCUACUUUACUUGUUUAUUUCUUCUGUUGUUACACAUAUUCUCAAGCAAAAAAUGUUCACCCCUGACGACACAGGGCGUUCAGCGUCGCCUCAUCUGGAUUUACCAAAAAGUGUCUGCGGAUUCUGCGCUGUUUGUAAAACACACCUAAACUCUUCUUCAGACCCCAAACUUCUGCCCUGCCUGCAUACAGUUUGUCACGCUUGCCUUACGAAGACCUGCACACACCAAUGUCCAUUGUGCGAGCAGUCCUUCAGUUUGUCUGAGGUCACGGAAUGCGUCAUUUUCGAAGAUUCGUCUCACAACGACGAGCCUCCCAAGUGUUCUGGGUGUGAAGAGAAUGAGGUUGUUGGAUGGUGUGUUCAGUGCGAGGAGGCCCUGUGUGUGGACUGUGUGUCUGCCCAUCGGAGGGUAAAGGUGACCCGCGACCAUGAAGUCAAACCCAAAAAUCCACCUAAAGGUUGGAUGCAGAGAAGACGCUGUCCCUCACACAGACAGGAGAGCUUGAAGUUCUUCUGUCUAGUCUGUGAUGAGCUUACCUGUAGAGACUGUCAGCUGAUCACUCAUAGAGGCCACAGUUUUAUGCAGGAGGAGGAAGCAGUUAUAUCUCAGAGACAACAACUGCAGAGUUUACUGGAGUCCAUCAGAAAGCGCAACGAAACGGUCAGCACCAGCCUGAAGAGCCUAGAGGCAAGAUUAUGUGACAUUGAGGGGGUGAAAGUGGAAGCAAGGAAGAGAAUAACACAGGUGGUCCAUUCCAUUUAUCAGACUUUGCUUCUGAGAGCUAAGGAGGUCUUAAAUGAGGUUGAGACUCUGUAUGCAGAGGAGGUGCAAAGUUUGAUGCUGCGGAAGACAUCUCUGAACAGAAUAGAAGACUGUCAGGACUACAUAACUGCUUUUAUUGACAAGAUCCUAAGCACAAAGGGCCAUUGCCUCCUGGUGUACAAAAAAAGAAUUGAGACCCAGGUGAAAAAGCUUCUGUCCCAGAAGACGUGUCCACCUGAGACCAUGAUUGAACUGCACCUUCAGAUUCAGAAAGAUCUCCAAGGCAUCAUGAAAUGUGGAUUCAUGAGGGUUAAAAAGGUUCCUGUUCCAUUUACCUGUUCAACAAUUGGUUUCAAUCCAUCUGUGUCUGGGAAAGCUUCAAACAGAUUGAACUCUAAUUCUGCUAUAACUGCCAUUGAUGCACCUGCCUCUUCAAGUUCCCUGCAAGGAAGUACCAAUGCUCAGUCUAACAGUCCCUCAUCUAACAGUGUCCCACAUGUUCCUCAGUCUCUUCAAGCUCAUUCUCAGCCUCGUACUCUUAAGACGCCCAUUGCUCACCAAAUAAACAAUACCUCUCAGUCAGCCAACCCUGGGAAGACCUGGACCUUUCACUAUUAUCCUGCCCUGCAGGUCUCCAUCCAGACACCUAUGCUGACCCACCCAGCACCAACCAUGCCAACCAACACCCAAACAUCUAUUCUUGCAAACCCAAUAUCAACCAACAACCAAACACCUGUACUCUUCCACCCAGUACUAGCCAACAACCAAAUACGUGCAUUCUCCCUCCCAGUACUAGCCAACAACCAAAUACCCGCACUCCCCCACCCAAUACCAGCCAUAACAACUGACACCCAAUCACCCAUACUCACCCAACAAAUACCAGCCAACAACCAAACUGCACUUACCCUCCCAAUCCCAGUUAACAACCAAACUCCUGUACUCACCCACCUAAUACCAGUCAACAACCAAACACCUGUGCUCACCUACCCAAUACCAGCGAUUGACCAAUCACUUGGACUCGCCCAGUCAAUACCAGCCAACAACCAAACUCCUAAACUCACCCCCCCAGUAUCAAACAUACCAACCAACACCCAAACACUCAUAUUUAACCAUCCAAUGCAAGCCAAUAUUCUUGGACAUGUACAAACUUUUGCAACACAACCCAAUAAUUCCUUAACUGUUGCUUCAACUAUAAAUACACUCUCUGUAAAUGAAGCUACUGUGGCCUUUAGUGACCGCUUGACUGGAGCCACUGUGGCAGGGAAUGAUUCUCGUACCAAUAAUCUUUCCAAAUUAAAUCCCACCAGUUCAGCCUUUAACACCAUUCCAAGCACAACUAGUGAUUCUUCACUUCCUGUAAACCCAAUGCAAUCUGCUCCCAUUGGAGGCAGUGACACCUUCCAGAGUCAGAAGGUCACCCACCAUAUCUCAGAUCCCAAGGCUAACCACCCUGUCAAGGCAUUGGCUGACUCUGCCUGUGAUCAAGAACCUGGUGUAAGCAGCACAAAUUUCACAGAUAUGGAUCAUCCAGAGAGCAACUUUCCCACCUCCACUGUGCCAGAGACUGAUCCUGGAGAGCCUUCAACUGCCCCUGAGAAAGAUCCUGUCCACUCCGCUGUCCCAUCCAACACUCAUCAGGCUCCUCUCGCCACCACCAAAUCCACAGAGGAAUGUUCUCUGGUAAAAAGUUCACACUUUCUGUUGAGAUCACCACCAAAGUGCGGCCAAACUCAAACUGAUCAGUCAUCUAUAGAGAGCUGUUCUAAACCAAAACGGUGGAGUGAUCGCAUGCCAACAACUUUCUCUCAACUUGUAGAGGGGACAUACAAACCUUUCAGCUUGAUAGACAAUUUGAAUGCAGAAUCUCCAGUGGAUUCAACUUGUAGCACAUCAGAGGGCAUAAUCUUACUUGCAAGGGAGAAUACUACACAUGACAAGACUGUCCAAAGUGAUUUUUACCAGAUGAUGUCAAAAAAGGAAGAUGUAGAAUCCGCAGUAACACUGGAACACACAAAGCAAUUCAAGAGGUUUCCGCGUGUAACCCUGGUGCGCCUGCCCAUCUGUCUGCCUCCAUCUGGGCAGCCACUGCCACAGUUCCGCCUUACUACAGAUACAUCCUCUGACUACAUCUUAGUGCAAGAAACACAGGGGGGGCAGAUUAAGCAGCUGUGGAAAUGGCAGGAAGAUCCAAUACAACAUAGAGCUUCACCCCAAUCUGUAGCCCAAAGUAGCGACAGCCCCCUGGUGUCUGAAGUCGAGUUCUGUGCCGUGUGCCAGUCAGCAGGAGCCACUCAUUUGUGUGUAAAAUGUGGACGCGCUUUUCACUCUGACUGUCACAUUCCACCAAUCUUCAUAAAACCUUGCAGUACACACGUGACGUAAUUGCAUUGGUAUUUGAAACACGUGAGAACUGAGGCACGUGAGUCACAGCCGGAAGAGCAGCGCUGUUCACAAGUGUGUAGGAGGAACGCUGUACAGAAGCUUGGUUGGUUUUGGUUUAAAUAUGUAUUUAUCUGUUUGUUUACUCUCAAUGUACAACGUACAACACAUCACUGGAUUUCCUGUUCCUGUUGCUGACUGCACGCUGCACAAGUGUUUGUAGCCUGCUUAGCAUUGCUUAUUCAUAUUCUCAUACGUUCGUCUUUUUAGCCUUUGUCAUUUUACCACGUGUUUCGGGUUUUUCUACUGUUUCAUUUGUGUGUAUUUUACCUGUUGCUGCUGGCGCCUAGCUCGAGUCUGUGUUUGUAGCCUGCUAGCUUUUUUUAGCAUCGUUUAUCUAUCUGUUUUCAGCCUUUAAUCCUUAACAUCUGCCAUUUUUCAGCGCACAUCGGGUUUUCCCCCGCAUUAUUCUGUUAUCGCGAUUCAACUACGUGCAUUUUCCACAUGCAUCCGCUUUCUAUUUUUAUCGCGAUUAAACUGCGUGCAUUUUACAGCGCGCACCCAUUUUUCUCCUCUGUGUUACAUGGAUUAUUGCAUCAAUUUCAAAGCGCCGCUUAUCAAGAACAACCAUAACAACAAACAAUUGCGUGAGGGAUUCACAUCGAUCUCAAACCCUCACUGCUCAGGAACAACCAACAACAACAAACAACUGCGGUAAGUCAUGGCAUCUGCUCAUGUUAUUUCUUCCUGCAUUGCUUGUCACAUGUUUACAAUAGCCUCUUCCGUCAGUAGUGAGGGAUUCACAUGUGAUAAAUGUAAGGAAUUAGUCAGGUUGCCGGAGAAGGUUAAUGAGUUAGAGACACACAUCCGAAUGCUAGUGGAGGUCAGUGAGAAUGAGAAGCCUGUAGAUACUGUUUCGGAUGCAGGCAGUACAGAGAGCAACACACACACUUUGGUUCUGGCUGUAGAUCCCCCCCUGCAUUGCGUUUGGGUGACGUCUCGGCGGCAUACUCGCUCAGCAAAGCGACACCACUCUCCCGUUCCUGUUAGGGUUUCCAAUCGAUUCUUCCCACUCAGUGAUGCACCCACUGAGGAUCAUGUUGAAAGAGCCCUUAUUAUUGGUUAUUCUGUUGUAAGGAAUGUGGAAAUAGAGACUCCAGCCACUAUUGUUAAAUGCAUUGGUGCCAGAGCGUCUGACAUCAAAUCAAAUUUUCAAGUGCUGGCUAAUGCUAAAUGUAGAUUUUCUAAAAUUGUUAUUCAUGUUGGCACUAAUGAUGUCCAGCUUCACCAGUCGGAAAUCACUAGAGAUAAUGUUAAAGAGGUGUGUGAAUUUGCAAAAACGAUGUCAGACACUGUAAUAUGCUCUGACCCCCUCCCUGCUCAUCGUGGUGAUGAGGUUUAUAGUAGAUUAGUGUCACUGAAUGGUUGGAUGUCUGAGUGGUGUCUGGAGAAUAGAAUAGGAUUUAUAGACAAUUGGAAGAGUUUUUGACCUGCUAAAGAGAGAUGGAAUCCAUCCCUCCAGGGAAGGUGACGCUCUCCUCUCUAGUAAUUUGGAUCAUAGUCUUAAUAAUGAUAGUAUUUGACUAACUGGGGCCCAGGUCAGGAAGCAGACAAACUGGUUAAUCCGAACGUCUGCUAGCUGCCUUGAGACGUCACACAGGUCACAUAAACUACAACACAUAGGGACUGUAUCACCUAGAUAUCAUGUAGAGACUGUGUCUGUUCCCUGAACUACCAAACACAAAACCCUCACUAAAUCAUGUAGAAAAAAUUUGAUUAAGGUCAAACUUGAACAAAACAAACAAAUUAAAGAUAAACACCAUAUAAAGAUUGGGCUACUAAACAUUAGAUCUCUUUCUACCAAAGCACUAAUUGUAAAUGAAAUUAUUUUCAUGUGCUCUGUUUGACUGAAACCUGGCUUAAACCGGAUGAAUAUAUUAGUUUAAAUGAAUCUACUCCCCCAGGUUAUUGUUAUAAACAUGAGCCUCGUCUGAAGGGUCGAGGAGGAGGUGUUGCUACAAUUUACAGUGAAGAUUUUAGUGUUACUCAGAGGACAGGAUAUAAAUUUAAGUCUUUUGAACUAAUAAUGCUUAAUAUGACACCGUCAGAUAUAGAUGUAAAUAAAAAAACUCUGUCGUCUUUUACCCUUGCUACAGUAUAUAGAUCACCCAGGCCUUUUUAUCAGAUCUUGUUGUUACUGUAGAUGGAGCUUUAAUUGUUGGUGACUUCAACACUCACAUAGAUAAUGAAAAUGACACAUUUGGAUUAGCAUUUAUUGAUAUUCUCAACUCUCUUGGAGUCAGACAAAAUGUAACAGGACCAACUCAUCGCCAUAAUCAUACGCUAGAUUUAAUUCUGUCCUAUGGAGUUGAUGUUGAUAAUAUAGAAAUUCUGCCGCAGAGCGAUGAAAUCUCGGAUCAUAACCUCGUCUCUUGUAUGCUGCGAUCAGCUAAUGUUACUCAAUCUACACCACACUAUCGUUUAGGCAGAACUAUUCUUUUGACCACUAAAGAUAGCUUCACUAAUAAUCUUCCAGAUCUAUCUCAUACACUCAGUAAACCCCAAAGCCUAGAAGAACUUGAAGAAAUAACAGAAAAUAUAAAUACAGUCAUCUCUAGCAUUCUUGAAAGUGUCGGCCCCCCUUCGAUUAAAGAAAAUUAAAGAAAAAAGCCUUGCACCAUGGUAUAAUGAUCACACUCAUGCUCUCAAGAGAGUAGCUUGGAAAAUGGAGCACAAGUGGAAGAAUACAAAAUUAGAGGUAUUUCGUGGUGCAUGGAAGGAUAGUGUCUGUAGCUACAGAUCAGCAUAUUUUAGCAAACUCAUAGAAAAUAACCACAACAAUCCUAGGUGUUUAUUCAGUACUGUGGCUAAAUUGGUUAAGAAUAAAGCCUCAACAGAACCAGAUAUUCUGUUGCAGCACAAGAGUAAUGACUUCAUGAAUUUCUUUACUGAUCAGAUUGAAAUAAUCAGAAAUAAAAUUGGAAUUAUGCAAUCAUCUGUCACAGUACCUCAGAAAACAGUGUCUCAUAAUUUUCCUCAUGUGCAACUUCAGUCUUUCGCUGUCAUAGGUCAUGAAGAGCUAACAAAACUUAUCGAAACAUCAAAAGCCACAACAUGUUAGAUCCAAUACCAACCAAGCUCUUAAAAGAGGUAUUCCCUGUAAUCUCAGAACCUCUUCUUAAUAUUAUUAACUCCUCGCUAUCCUUAGGACAUGUCCCAAAAAACUUUAAAAUGGCAGUUAUCAAACCACUUAUUAAGAAGCCACAACUUGAUCCUGUAGAACUGGCUAAUUAUAGACCGAUUUCAAAUCUCCCGUUUAUGUCGAAAAUACUAGAAAAGGUUGUAUCCUCCCAAAUAUGUUCAUUUCUACAGAGAAAUAGUAUAUAUGAACAAUUUCAGUCAGGAAUUAAGCCUCAUCACAGUACAGAGACUGCACUUAUCAGAGUUACAAAUGACUUGCUCUUAUCAUCUGAUCGUGGCUGCAUUUCACUUCUAGUGCUUUUAGAUCUUAGUACUGCAUUUGACAUGAUAGAUCACAACAUUCUCUUGAAUAGGCUAGAGAAUUAUGUUGGCAUUUGUGGAGUUGCAUUAGCAUGGUUUAGGUCCUAUUUAGCAGACCGCUACCACUUUGUCUAUGUAAAUGAGGAAUUGUCAACCCAAACAAAAGUAAAGUAUGGAGUGCCACAGGAAUCAGUUUUAGGGCCUCUGCUUUUCUCCUUGUAUAUGCUUUCCCUGGGAGAUAUUAUCAGGAAUCGUGGAAUUCCUUGUUAUGCCAACAAUACCCAACUUUAUAUUUCUUCAAAACCUGAUGAGAUUUCACAAUUCUCCAAAUUAGCAGAGUGUAUCAAUGAAAUAAAAGAUUGGAUUGCCAGAAAUUUCCUUCUACUCAGUUCCGACAAAACAGAGGUACUAAUUAUUGGACCAAAAUCCUCAUAAAAAAAAAAAAAUACACCGCUAAAAUAUAAUUUGACUCUCGAUGGAUGUACUGUUACAUCAUCUUCAACAGCGAAGAACUUAGAUGUUAUAUUUGAUACCAAUCCGUCCUUUGAAAAUCAAAUUACCAGUGUUUGUAGAACAGCAUUCUUCCACCUAAGAAAUAUUGCUAAAUUACGACACAUGCUCUCUGUUGCUGAUGCCGAAAAAUAAUUCAUGCAUUCAUGACCUCAAGACUAGAUUAUUGUAAUGCAUUACUGGAAGAAUGUCCAGCAAGAUCUAAAUAAACUUCAAUUGGUUCAAAAUGCAGCAGCCUGAGUGCUGACGAGAACCAAGAAAUAUGAUCAUAUUUGCCCCAUUUUAUCGUCGUUACAUUGGCUACCUGUUAAAUUUCGUAUUAAUUUGAAAAUUCUGUUAACUACGUACAAAGCUUUGAAUGGUCUAGCUCCGCAGUACUUAAGUGACCUUCUACCACGCUAUAUUCCAUCACGUUCAUUACGAUCGCAAAAUUCUGGCCUGUUAGUAUUUCCUAGAAUAUCAAAAUCCACAAGAGGAGGUAGAUCCUUUUCAUAUUUGGUUCCUAAACUAUGGAAAAGUCUCCCUAACGCUGUUCGAGAUGCAGACACACUCACUCAGUUUAAGUCAAGACUAAAGACUCAUCUAUUUAGCUAGGCAUACACUCACAACUCACAAUUAGGCUGCUUUAUUUAGGUCUGCCGGAACCAGAAACGGUGAUCAUGAUCUAUAAUUCUGCAAUAAAUUGAUGGAAUCUAUGCUAAUAUUAUUUUAUUUGUUUCCCUGUUUCAACUUCGGGACUCCUAUCCCGAGGUCACCAGAACCGGCUGGAUCCAGCUCCAUUCCUGCUUCGUGUUGGACUCCACUUCUACCUGUCGCUGUGUGAUGAUGACUAAUAGCAGCCUGUGCCAGCCAAACAUCACUUCAGUCUAUUUCGAUGGACUUCAGAGGAUGAACUGAUGCCAACUCCAACCAUAAGACAUGAUACUUCAUAUGCCAUAGCCUGAACCUUGGACUUAGGAUAGACCUCACCAAAAUUACCGGCCAGGUUGAACUGCGAUGCACCCAACUGAUCUCUGCCUGCAUCACCUCGGUUUAAUGAUGGACUACACUCUUGAAAUGGAAUACAUAGACUAUCAAUUAAUUGCCAACAGAAGCCUUCAUCAAGCACAAUUGCAUCUAUGUGAACUUCUGCAGUUAAUCCAGGAUGGACUUCAAAGACAUUAGUCAUUAAUCUUACAGUUCAUACAAAAUCUUUGUUUUAAACACUGACCAUUAACACUUAAUUAGUUUAAUAAUUUUAAACCAUGACUUGCACUAUACAUAAGUAAUAUUGGCAUUAUAUUCAUGAUGUUAGCCAGAGGGGAACUGGCCCCCACAGUGAGUCUGGUUUCUCCCAAGGUUAUUUUUCUUCAUUAACCAACAUCUUAUGGAGUUUUGUGUUCCUUACCACAAUCGCCUUCGGCUUGCUCACUGGGGUUAUAAAUACAAUGAUUAUUUAAUUACUCAUUUUUAAACACAAUUCACUAUCGUAUUUUAUCAGGCUACACAAAGAUGACUCUUAAGACAUCAUAGAUAUUACAGUUUUAUCUUCUGUUAAUGCCUGAUCUUCUUUAAAGCUACUUUGAAAUGAUGUGUUGUGAAAGGCGCUAUACAAAUAAAAAUGACUUGACUUGACAGUGGUGUGUUUGUUUGCUUAUGCUGGAUGUCUCAACCGAGUGGAGAACGUGAGAUUACGUCGGAAUCAUGGCAAUGUGAAUACAUAACAUGAGAGACCGUGUGAACUCCACCCUCUUGUGCAGCUGGCCCUCAUGUUGGAUUAUAGUUAAAAAGUACUUAAAUAUUGACAUUUUUUCCAACAAAGUGAUCGGAUCGCUUUAUCCGCUGGAGUCUUAUCGAUGACGUUUAUGCUGACUGUCUGUAAUUUUUGAAUCUCCAUUCACUUGCAUAUUAAGGAUCUACU